AUGCGCACGAUCCUCCUCCUGUGCCUGCCGGUCGCCGCCCUCGUCGCCUUCGUGGCCAUCGUCUUCGUGCUCGACCUGCCGGACCUGGCGACGCAGCGCUGCUGCUUCGCCGCCGGCGGCUUCCUCGGGUCCCUGGGCGCCGGCGGCGUUCUAGCGGGCCACGCGCGGGGCACACCGAAGAUGCGGCGCCACCCGCAGCCGCUCGUCGCGUACCGGAGUUUGGCGGACCUCUACGUGUCGCUCCACUUCUUCGUUUUUAGUCUGGUGGACUACCGCGUGCGGAACCGCUGCAACCCGCUGACGGCGGCGCUCCUCGAGACCUUCGUCAUCUCGGGCGAGCUCUGGUCCGUGUGCAGCGUCCACGACAUGCAGGAGUCGAUCCAGAACCCCUUCGCGCGGUCCCGGGACAUGAUGAAGCGCUACCACGCCGUGGUCUGGGCGUCGUCGGCGGCGCUGGCCUUGGGCCUGUCGGCGCACGCGAGCCAGAAGACCUACGGCCCCUUCGCGGUGGGCGGCGGCCACGAGCACGGCGUCUUCCGCUACUGCUACCUGAACUCGAAGAUCACCUGGGCGCCCUGGGUGUUUUUAUAUGGACCCAUCGUCGUGCUCUACUUCUUCGCGCUGGCCAUGACGCUCAAGAACCUGCACGCGGCGUACUCGCGCUACGCGACGUCGCUCGCGCGCGGCGGCUCGCCGCCAUUUGAGUUCCACGCAGGCUCGCUGAAGCUGCCGACGACCUUCGCGACGCACCUCCACGUGCUGGCCAUCAACAACACGAACCUCGUGGCCAUCACGCUCUUCUGGUUCUUGUGCGGGUCGACGUUCGCGCUGGGCUACGCGACGCUGGGCCGCCACGACGACGCGUCCGAGUUCCGGAACCUGCGGGUCGCUGUGCGGGUUGGCUUCGGCUACGUCUGCUCCUACGCGGCGGCCUUUUUGCUGCCGAUGAAGGGCUGCGUCGACUUCAUGGUCUGGCUCCUGCCCCACGAGCCCCGGGACGUCGCCGACGCGCUGCGGCUGCCCGUGGCCGUGGCCGCGGAGGCGCCCGACGAGUCGGAGCCGCGGCCGCCGAGCACGGUCGGCGAGGAGCCCGAGCUCAAGUUCGCGCUCCAGCGGGAGAUCUUCGCCUACAUGAAGGUGGGCAUCGUCGCCGGCGCGACGCGGUCCGACGCCGCGCGCCUCUCCGGCGACCCGGCGAAGGUCCGCGCCGCGGAGCGCUUCGCGCUCACGGCGGUUGCGUCCGACGGCGCGCCGCCGUCGCUGCAGGAGCGGCUCCUGACCUUCCAGCGCUUCGCGCGCCUCGCCCUCUCGCCGACCAUCGAGGACCAGCGGGAGCUGCGGCGGCGCUGCUGCGCGGACUUCGCCGACGACGGCGACGCGAGGCGGUCGUCGAACGACCGCCUGUCGCUCGUCGCGCGCGUGCUCGAGGACGACGGCGACCUCGCGCUGGCGCCGCUGGCGGGCGACGUCCGGCCGAGCGAGGACGACGCGCGGCCCACCUUCCAGUGGACGACGUCGAAGCGCGCGAGGAAGCGGCGGCCCUUCAGCCGCGGCGACGUCGGCUUCCGGUGCUGGGCGCCCGUCGAGAUGGCGCGCGUCCGCGCGGCCUACGGCGUCAACCUCGAGGCCUACUGCCGGGCCUGGAAGACGAUCUCGAAGAAGGCGCGGUUCACGGCCGGCGCGUCGGGGGCGCUCUUCCUCUUCAGCGACGACGAGCGGUUCAUCGCGAAGACGGCGACGCUCUCGGAGAUCCAGACGCUCGCGAGGAUGGCGCCGGAUUUGGCGGCCUACGUCGAGGGCGAGGCCCACGGGGGCGCGUGCUCGCGGAGCCGCCUGGGUCGCCUGCUGGGCGCCCACACGCUCUACCUCUACGGGCGGCGGCUCCACGUGCUCGUCCAGGAGAACCUCUUCUACGACGACGACCCGGCGAAGCGCCAGGACGCGGCGACGAUGCGCAAGUACGACGUCAAGGGCUCCUGGGUGAACCGCAGCGCGAGGAAGCCCGACGACGGCCAGCGCGUGACCUGCAAGCACUGCAACCAGCACUACACGUUCCAUCGGAAGACGGACGCGAAGCGGAGCCGCGCGCGGCGCAGGGCAGCAAAAGGGUGCGAAAUUCCCAACUUCAAAGGCUCAUAUCUCGGCCGUAUUCCACUCGCGCGCCGCGCGUCGUACGGCCGCCUGUCGCACGAGUCCUUCGACACGUCGUCGAUCUCCGCGUCGCGGCGCGCGUCCUUCAAGCCGCCCCUCGAGGGGUCGACGCCGUCGUCGUCGUCGGCGGCGGGCUCGUCGCUGCGCGGGAGCGCCGCGCGGUCGCCCGCGGCCGCCGCGCGGCGGCGGGCGUCGGCGCGCGGCCGGCUCUUCACGUCCGCGCCGCCGGCGGACCUCGUGGACGUCGAGUGCCCCUUUGGUAAUUUCGGGCACAAGCCCAACGUCGACGGCAAGGACAACGACCUGGAGGAGAAGCUGCAGCUGCCGGACGCGCAGGCGCGCGAGUUGGUCCAGCAGCUCGACCGCGACACGAAAUUCCUCGCGUCGCGGGGCAUCAUGGACUACUCGCUGCUCGUGGGCAUCACGAUGCAGGAGUACCACGUCAAGACCUACGCGCGGCGCGAGUCCUGCCAGCUCGCGGAGGACGGCGCGGACGUCCGCCACUCCGACGGCGCGUCCGCCGCGCCGCCGUCGGUCGACGAGCCCCGCGCGGGCGACUCGCUGGCGUCCAAGGCGUGCACGGUGCCCGCGCGCAUCGCCCAGGGGCCCGCGACCUACACGCUCGGCAUCAUCGACAUGCUCCAGGAGUGGGACCUCGGCAAGCGCGCGGAGGCGUGCUGCAAGGUGCGAUGCAAGUGCCAGAGCCGCCGCGGCAUCUCCGCCGUCGCGCCCUCGGAGUACCAGGAGCGGUUCAUGGACCACGUCGAGAACAUCAUCGCCGAGGACGCGGGCCAGCCGCGCCUCACGAACCUCGCCGACCGGCCCACGCUCGUCUAA